UGGUCUUCUCCACACCUCCACUGCCACCUUCUCUCCACCAUCCCCCUCUCUCUCGCGCUCUCUCUCUCUCUCUGAACCAGUAACACACCGUAACUACUCACCACCUGCAAAAACAAAAGAAACAACUCAAUCUUUGAAGAUCAGAAAUGUAUUCUGAAUGCUCUCUGCUCUUCAUUCCCUCCACAGCUGUCCUCAACUAUGAGCUUCUUCUCUUCUUUUUUCUCUUUCUUGCUGUCUUCGCCUUCUGGCUUAGGCCUGGUGGACUUGCUUGGGCUUUUUCUAAGACCCGUGUAUCCAUUCCUGGACCUUCGGGUUUACCUGUUCUUGGGCUUGUCUUAACUUUCACUGGCUCUCUAACUCACAGACUCCUAGCCAAGCUCGCUGAUAAUCUGAAGGCAGAAUCUUUAAUGGCUUUUUCAGUUGGGUUUACUCGUUUUAUAAUGUCUAGUAAGCCAGAGACUGCUAAGGAAAUACUGAACAGCUCAGCUUUUGCUGACAGGCCAGUGAAAGAGUCUGCUUACGAGCUUCUGUUUCACAGGGCGAUGGGUUUUGCGCCUUAUGGAGAGUACUGGAGGAACCUCAGGAGAAUUUCAGCCACCCAUUUGUUCAGUCCUAAAAGAAUAGCCUGCUUCGGGGAGUUUAGGAGAGAUAUAGGUACGAAGAUGGUGACUGAUAUUGCCAGUUUGAUGGAGAUAAAUGGACAUGUUGAAGUGAAGAGGGUUUUGCAUUUUGGAUCACUGAACAAUGUGAUGAGGACUGUUUUUGGAAAAUGUUAUGAUUUUAAUGGACAAGAUGGGUUGGAGUUGGAGUAUUUGGUGAGUGAAGGAUAUGAGUUGCUGGGCAUAUUUAACUGGAGUGACCAUUUUCCUUUGUUGGGGUGGCUAGACUUGCAAGGGGUAAGAAAAAGGUGCAAAGAGCUUGUUGCGCGUGUGAAUAUUUUUGUAGGAAAGAUAGUAGAGGAACACAGGUUUAAGAGGGCUGAGAAUGCUGGAAAAGUUGCUGAUGAAGGUUUGAGUGACUUUGUUGAUGUCUUGCUUGAUCUGGAGAAGGAAAAUAAACUCGGUGAUUCGGACAUGAUUGCUGUUCUUUGGGAAAUGAUCUUUAGGGGGACCGAUACUGUGGCUAUCCUGCUUGAGUGGAUUCUUGCUAGGAUGGUACUACAUCCUGAUAUUCAAGCCAAAGCUCAACGUGAAAUUGACGCUGUUGUUGGAAAAGAUAGAGGUGUAUGUGAUUCUGACUUGCCUAAUCUGCCUUAUCUUCAAGCUAUAGUGAAAGAGACUCUCAGAAUGCAUCCCCCGGGUCCCUUGCUUUCAUGGGCAAGGCUUGCCAUUCAUGACACCCACGUUGGUCAGCACUUCAUCCCGGCUGGAACUACGGCCAUGGUCAACAUGUGGGCUAUUACUCAUGACGACAAGAUUUGGUCACAAGCCGGAGAAUUUAUGCCACAAAGGUUCUUGGAAGAAGAAAUAGCUAUUAUGGGUUCUGAUCUUAGGCUUGCACCAUUUGGCUCUGGCCGUAGGGUAUGCCCUGGAAAGGCAAUGGGACUUGCUACUGUUCAGCUUUGGUUGGCUCAGUUACUUCAAGAAUUCAAAUGGGUUGCUUCUGAUAAUGGUGUGGAUUUGUCCGAGUGUCUGAAGUUGUCUAUGGAAAUGACUCAUCCUUUGGUUUGCAAGGCUGCUUCUAGGGGUCGUUAAAAGUAAUUUUGGUGGAUUUGUAUGUUUUUGGAAUUUUAUAAUUAGCCUGCUAGUAUUCCUUGAUCUCAGCCUAGUUUUUGGAUCUUUAGACGGGGUGAUCAGACUUGUUUAUAAGAUUAUGCUAUAAUAGCAUUUAGUAUUUUUAAGUUGUCUUUAGGGAAGAUAGGCUAACUAGUGGUAAGGUUCACUUACAAGGAUUUUAGUCCUCUAUGUUAGGAAUUUGUUGUUGGCUUUGGUGUGGUCUAUUAGACUUUCAACAUGCAUUGUACACAGCUUCCAUUCUACAUAUCCAAAGCAAUAUAAGUUCUAUGUUUCAUUAUA